UUUUCCAGGUCCUGCUCCUGUUUUUCAUGUUUGUCAUGGCUUUUAGCAGCACAUUUUAACCUGCUCUUAGACGAAGAAACGGUAAGAUUCAAAGACUGGACUCAUUUUUCACGAUGCAUUUUAACGAAGAAGUGCUGUAGUCCGUCAGUCCAUGAGCUGGUUAGUUAGCCCAUUGAUUAGACAUUCAUUAAGUUGAUAAGUAAGUUAGCCGAUCUCUCGAACAGUCAAUGAGUCAGUCAGUAAGCCAGUGUAACAGUCAGUCAGCCACUCCAAAAUCAAUCAGUCAGCCAAUUUUCAAUCAAGUAGUCGGUCAUUCAGCAUAUCAGUCAUCCUUCGGCAACAGCUCACUCAAUCAGUCAAUCAUACAAUCUUCACACAAACCGGUGUUCAUUUACAAAUAACACCCAUAUCAUUUACUCAAUCGAAAGUCGAUUUUCUUUUUCCAGGAGCCUUAUGCUCCAUACUCCAUGAUGACCCUCGGUGAACUCAACUACACUGACGUGUUCAUGCCUUGGGACAAACUGGAAUAUGCCACAGGGAUGCCUAUCAUUCUUAUUAACAUGCUGGUGAGUAGCGCCUCGAUAACACGAAAUUAAAGAAGGGAAAACCUCUUCAAACCGUAUUUACGCGACUAAGCUUUCCUAGCAGUUGAUUCGGCCAUAACGCCAGGGAGACAGGUCCGAGAGCUCGAAUUCGAAAACUUCCCUGGGAGGAACUCGUCUCACCUAACCGCUAUUUUAAUAAAGUUUUAUCGUGUAACAAAAAAAAUGAUUGUAAUCGACAGUCUAGUAGUAUCGAUCACGAACCAGUGCUAACUUAGAGUGGUUUUGUUUUUUAAGUGUCGUGCCAUUUAAACAUCGACACAGAUCGCUCUCCUCACAGCAUAUGUUCAGACUUCCUCAAGUCAGAUAGCACGUAAAUUUAAAGCCGAAAAAAUUUCAACGGCCAUUCAGAAUAAGGGAUAAUACUAGAUGUCUCACGAGCUACGACACUUAAGAAAGACUGGGGUGCAAUAAGCAACGAGUUUAUUUACUUAGCAGGGAAUAUGUUUCGAUACUAGAUCGGCCUUGCAGUGGGAGAUAUCGACAAGAUCCAAGUAAAUGCUUUAAUUGACCGCUAUGUGAUGCAGCUUAGAAUUAGACUCGAAAGAGCAGAUUCAAUGAGCAAGCCAUUUUUACAGGAGUGACGCUUAAGUUGGUUUUACCUUAUCAAAACCUUGUCUCAAGCGUUUUCAUGUCGACACUUUCCUCACUACCCUCGAGAGGCUUGAUAAGACCAAGAAUUUAUAUCUUGGCGGCUAACUAGAUACCAGUCUCCCCUCACUAACGGCAUUUGCUCGUUCCAUCCUCUUUCGGUCGAGUUAGUUUUGGAUAUGGAGGAAACAGUGCCUAAAUCUCUUGUCAAACAUGCCCACGUGGAUAAACACAUUGAAUAUCCUAACAGGAGCGCAUUCAAGGUAUUGCACGUGUUCACAACACAAAAUUCUCACUGAAACCUUUCGCUUGUUAUUAGUUACAAAACUCUUACCUUCUUAGAUGUUUUCCUUCUGCAACUCAUUUUUCGUCUUCAUCUGCACAAAUUUUCUGAUGUAAUCACAUCAAAAUACGUGAGAGGUUAGGCUUGAAUUGUCAUUGAAUUGAAUUUUUUUUAAUUCAAAAUGAGUUUCAGCGCGAUCGUGGUCCUCGUGCAAGACGUCGUGAAAUGUUACUUUCUGUGUCCCAUCACAUACCUGAUAACUGGUGGCCACCGUGCGGGAAACGAGCCCGCGAUCCUCCCGGAAAGGUAUGACGACCAGACGCAGAAGAACGGCAAAAUUAAUCCUCUGUCAAGUCAGUGAAAUGAAACUCGUUCACUCGUUCAUGAGUUUAAGGCAAAUAUAAAAUUGAACUUUUCGCGGCGUACUUUCAGCAGUAUGCAAUAACUUGCGGAGUUUCACUUAGCACGGACAUUCAAAAAAAAAAAAAAAAAAAAAAAAAAAAAAACUUGUCUAUGCCGCCUAAGUUGUAUUCUCAAAAAUUUCAUUUCCAGCUCUAUGAGAAGCUUUUGGAAUUCAGCCGGCCGGAAGGAGAUGAUGAUGAAGAAAACACAUCCCCAGACCUACCCCCUGCAUUUCAUCCAUUACUGAAGAGAAUGGAGGAGCAGGAGAAUAGGUACUAUAUUUAA